AGUAAAGAAAAAGUUGGGAGAAGUAGAAGAGAGGGUGUCCAGGGAAGGGAAAGGAACGGGUGCAGAGAUUAACAACUACAGGAGAGAAGAAGAAGGGAAACAACAGACAGGAAGGAAGGGGAGGGAGAAGUCUUGGGUAGAGAGGAAGAAAAAAGCUGAAGAAAAGUUUUCUUGUGGGAAGACGCAGAUGAGGAAAACAGAGCGAGUGAAUGACUGGGCUGGAGAGAGCAGGGAGGGGAGGAAACCAGUUGUUUUCUAAGGCGUUUUCCACACAAGCCUCUGGACUUCUUUGGACAUGUACACAGAAGGCGCACAAACAACGGGACACCGCCGAUUUCUUCAGAACAAAAACUCCCCCACCCCCUGCCCCUGCCAGCACUGCCUCCACUAUGAGCAGCCGUAUGGCCAUCACGGUGGGCCGGGAUACCAACCAUCAUCAGGCAGGCAGACAGACCACCUAUCUCUGGACUGCACGAGAGACAUCCAGGCUCCUCGGGUUAAAGACGUAGGAGGCAGAGAUUUCCUCGUGGACAGGGUUGAGAGAAGCGGUCAUCGCAGCCCACAGAGGAGGCCUGUGUUUGCAGGGCCCGGCCCUUACAGCCAUUCAGAUGACUUGAGCCAAGUUUGCCCCUGGGAGUUGAACCCUGCCCAGUGGAGCUACCCACUGGAGUCUGGGGUGAGACACUACCCGUCUGUCAGAGAACAGUGUGGCUGUGUGGUGCACAGUGACACCAGGGCACACCCCUUUAAGGCUGGGACUCUACAUCCUCUCCCUCAUCUUCAGGUCAAAGGUCAAGGGUACAGGUACAGGAGGACUGUCAGGUAUGUCUCUGUGGAUGAGGAGGAGGAAGGCUGCGAAUACACCUCUGAGAACUAUCACGUGGAGCCACAUGGUCCCCAUUUGGGUCAUUUGCCCACGCCAAAUGGCAACUGUGGAACGAGGCCAGUGCUCUUUGAAGGAGGGGAGGAGAGAGAUAACCAUCAGGACCGGAGCAGACACAAGGGUGGAUCAGAGGAAGGUUAUAAUCGACACAGCGGCUCUCACAAAGGUUUCUUUCCCACUGAAGUUCCACAAAAACACUUGAACCAGAGCAGACGGAAGGGGCCCUGCAUCCCUUCCACUGGCAUCACCGGUCCAGAAACCUCAAAACCGACGACCAACAACAACCAUCAGCACCAGGGUUCAGAGGUAGUGAAGCAGAAGAGGAGGCAGGAUUUGGUGAGGGAUCAAAUCCGACAAGUGGUGACAGAUCUGGAGGAUGUGUUGGGGGGUUUGAAGCAAGUUCACGUGGAGAUGAAAGAGGUGGUCAAGCAGAUUGAUCGUCUCACAGCCAAUAUUGACCUCACUGAUGAGGCGCCCUGCAGCACUCACGGCUCGUCCAAUAACAUUCACAGCUCAACUCAUUCAGGUGACCUCAGGGUGGCCCUGCUGUCCGGUCACAAGCCUGCUCCAGUCCAGGCAUCACAACACGUCGACGAAGACCGCAUCAUCUUAAGGACUAACUCACCCUCCCCUGUCCACAUGGCAUCUGUCGUCAAAACCAGUCGCUUCACCCCAGCCAACCACAGUAAAGACGUCAAUCACGAAAGGCCAGGUGCAAACGGCCAUCCGCCUCACCUGUACCCAAACCACAUUGGCCAAACUCAUACAGAGCUCCAUCCACAGGGUCUAGACCCUAAGGUCAUCAUUGGGAACAGCACCUCCAGUUCAAGAACUCAGAAGCCUCCACCGUACCCUCAAAAUGGGCGCUGUGGCAAGGGCCCGUACCCACCUCCCAAGCCUGUGAAGACCCCUGCCUACCCCGGGAGAGGCCGCCAGAGCACCAGCAUGGUGUGAGGGAGGGGGGUGGUCUGCCCCGGUGCCAUGGGGGCCUGAAACAUGAGACCCUGCUGCAGCGAGUGGCGGUCAGAAGGGACCAGGCAGGGGAACAACUCAUGCAGGAACUGAUGCCACAGAGACUUCAAGCUGUCAGCCGAUGGAAAGAGAGCACGGCCUGAAGGUGGGGAUAUUUCCAAAGGGAAAACUCCCCCAAGAGUCGACCCGUGACUGUAUGUCUUGCAAGCACAGCAGCGUGGAGGAGUGGCAGUCAAACCUCUCUGAAAGUGUAUGCUUCUACUGUUACUGGAGAUAUAGUGGCAAAUAAUGAGACUGUGAACUGCUACAACCACCCAUAAAUAACAUUAAGGUAUCUUUUCGUGCCAGUAUUAAUUUAUUUUUGCUAUUUUUUUUAUUGUAAAAACAUCUAUUGUCAGGCAGCUUACACCAGUCUGGAUGCUACCUAUCCUAAUGUAUGCUAUAUUAAGAUUUACAUCAUCUAAACUAUUGUGCAGAUAUUUAACAGAUAAAAGGAUUUAGACUGUUUUUCUCCCUGCUACAUGGUUGUCACAGUAUGUAAGAGGAAAAAUCAGUGAGGAGACAGGAAAGUUGGAAAAGCAGAGUGGAGAUUAAAUUGCCAUGCGAUAGAUUCUUCUGCACUUUUCUCAUACAAAUCCAUCUGACAUCUCAAUUAUCUAAGUCUAGAGAUGUUGUAUUGACCGCUGAAUGUCCCACAUUUGAAUAUGAAAUAAAAGAAACGGCGCCAGCAUUUUAUCACCUCUGACUCUGACAAAUGAUUCAUGCAUUCAGUGUGUCUAACAAAAGUUAGAGUGUGCCACAAAUGGUUGUGGAAGCAGUAGGAAUACUUCUUGGGCUGAUCUGGA